UGUGAAUGUGAGUCAAUGUGUGUUUGCUUUGAGAGAAAACACAACAAUAAAUAGAAAACAUUUGUAUUGAAAGACACGUCACGUAAACAUUGGUCUGAGUUUUGUAUUGAUUUGAUCGCAAACACUGACCACAAGAGUGACCACAAGAGUGACCACAAGAAGCGAUCGCAGCAAUGGUUUUGAUGACAAUGAUUGCCAGAGUGUCGGACGGACUUCCGUUGGCCGCUUCGGUUCAGGACGACCAACAGAUGGGUCGCUCUGUACUCGAGUACCAAAACCAGGCGAAGAUGUUGUUCCGCAAACUGAACGCUCAGUCGCCGCCGCAGAUGACUAUAGAGAGCGGACAAUACCUCUUCCAUUAUCUCAUCGACAGUCAAGUCUGUUAUCUAAUACUCUGCGAGAAGUCGUUUUCCAAGCGUUUGGCGUUUAGUUUCCUCGAAGACCUCCAAAACGAGUUCAAAACUCAAUACGGAUCACGUGUUCAGACAGUCUCCCGGCCCUACAGUUUCAUCGAAUUCGAUAAUUACAUACAGAAGACAAAGAAGACAAUAAUGGACGCGAGGGCGCGAAGAAAUCUCAACCAAUUAAAUACUGAAUUACAAGACGUUCAGAAGAUUAUGGUUCAAAACAUCGACGAUGUCUUACAGCGCGGUCUCGCCAUCUCUGAAUUGGAUAACAAAGCGAGUAAUCUGUCUCUACUCUCCCAGAAGUACAAAAAGGACGCCCGAUAUCUGAAUAUAAGAGCCACGUAUGCGAAGGCCGCGGCCGGCGCUGUCAUCCUUUUUGUAUUUGUCCUCUAUUUUUGGAUCCUUUAAGCCAUCAGUAGUUUAUAAUAUCUUAUAAAUAUAUUUUC